AUGUUCAAGCUAAUCUCACGAACAUGCAGAAGACCGAAUCUAAUCGGGAUUUUGAAUCGGCCCUUUUUAUACAGAAACGUUGUCAGCAUAGCUUCAUUUCCCCCCAAAAGCAAGAAUUCAGAUGAAAAUUCUCAACCCAAGAGUGAUGCAGACGAGACUUCGAAAGCAUCUUUAGCGGGAACAUCUGAUAUCAAGCCUAUUUUGCAGCAGAUUGAAAAGAUUCAACAUCCUCGUGGUCAUGCAUCUUCAACUCCCUACAGACAACGAACAGACACGGCAAUGGACGAACUUGUUAAGGAGUUCUUUGCCUAUACUGAACAAAAGGCUGAACAGGAUGUAGACUCCUUUUAUGACGAUUUCUUCUACAAUUGCAGAGAAACACACAAGGGAUUUACACUGUUCAACAACGGACUUCCAAGUGCUCCCAGUUUUGUAGAUCGUCCGGAUGCUGACGAGAUUAUUAACAAGUAUCUCACCUAUGCUACCACAGGAAGAUAUCCCAAGAAACAGUUGGCUCAAGCUAUGGAAAAACUUUCAGAGUAUCUUUCAGACCUGGAUGUUCUUUCUAAGUUGGAUAAAGGGACCCUUACUUCGAUUAUGAAUUUCUAUAACCGUUUGCACAAUCCUAAAAUCAUUCAAAACUUUAUUUCCAACAAGCUUCAAUACACCCAAUUUCAAAAAGAUCCUAUGCCGUUCAACUAUUUGCUUUAUUCCACAGGUAGAAUGUCGAAGAUGGAUCCAUUGUCCAAAAUAACUAUUGCCAGAAAUACAAUAAAGAAAAUGAGCCAGUUGGAAGUCCCGGUAACCAUGUCUACUUGGCAAUGUGUGUACCAAUUAUUGAACCCAGAUCAUAGCAAGGCGGUAUUGGAUGCGAUGAUCAGUCGCAACUUUGAGCUCGAUAAGAUGCUAUGGCGAAUCUUGGAGAAAAGCAAGAAACAGUUCCCUACAUGUGGCGAGUUUCUUGAAUUUGUCAAGACUAAUAAGAAAUGCUUCCAGAAUUUCACAGACGACGAACUUUUGAAAGUGUACUCUUUUUACAAUAACUUGGAUGGAGUUUCUGAGCUUUUGGAGAAAUUUGCCGGCGAAAACCAACUUAAAACGGUUCAUUUGAAGACGUUGAAUACCCGUUUUAUCUACAACAAUCAGAUUUACAGUUCCAUUUCGUUGAUCAGAUUCUUUCAAGACAAUGAAUCCAACAUUCCAGGAAAUCUACGUAAGCAACUUUUCAGCAAUAUGCUUAUUGGAUAUUUGGAUCAUUGUACACCGGAUAGAGAGGAAAGUUCCAGUCAACAAUUUCUUAUUAUGUUUGUCAGAUUUUUGUUCAAUCGAUCAUUACAAUCUGAAAGACUGGAAAGGAGAAUUUCCGAUAAACUUGGAAAAGAAUUUCUUGAUAAGAUUUAUGAGACACCACCACCUAGUGAAGAAGAAGCAGAAGGUGAUGGAAGCGACGUCGACAAAGCUUUUGCCAUGCAAAUUAAUAAGACAUUAAGAUGGUAUGAUAACCAAGUGAAGCUAAGAUUAGAAGAUAAUGCAACCGAUUAUCAACAGCUGGUUCGAGAGUAUAUUUAUCCGGAGUUGAAUGAAAAGGAAUAA